AGCAGCGAUGGCGAACCAGGAGAGAGGGCUGGAGCUCGGCCAGCGCUGCGAUCACCAGCAUUCUCCUCUAUCGGCAGCAGCGGAAGAUCCAGAGAAGGACAUGGCCGCGGGUCCAAGAACGAAGGUCUAUAGAAGGAGAUUUUCUUCGAUCAGAGGCAUCGCAGUGCGUCCUCCAGUCACUCGCCGGCGGAGAGACGAUCAAUGGAGCAGCUCUCGUCGGUUUCGAGAACAAACGAGUGAUCCAAAGGUAGCAUUCGAGUGUCUUCCACUCCGGCCUUGCGAUUUUCGUCUACCUUCUUCUUGGAUCAAGCGCCUGGACCAAGAAAGUCCUCCAUAUAUUCACAUAAGACGCAAUGUUUAUCUCACGAAGAAAACGCCGAAAGUCUCCAAAGACGAUGGAAUGCAGUGCUCUUGCAAAGGAUCAAAAAUCUGCUCGUCAGACUGCAUUUGCAGAUUACUGUACACUAGUUGUUCAUCCAGCUGCGCUUGUGAAGGCAAAUGCGAGAAUCUUCCUUUUCAAAAGCGUGAUGGCCGGAGGCUAAGACUUAAAGAGACGGAGAAUUGUGGAUGGGGUCUUUUUGCGGAUGAAAAUAUUGAGCGAGGCGAUUUUUUGAUCGAGUACAUUGGCGAAGUAAUUGACGACAAGACGUGUGAAGAAAGAUUAUGGGAUCUGAAAGAACGUGGCGAGAAUAACUUCUACCUCUGUGAAGUCGGUCACGACAAGGUGAUCGACGCGACCUUCAAGGGCAACAUGUCUCGAUUUAUCAAUCACAGUUGCAAUCCCAACGCACAAUUGCGAAAAUGGCAAUGCGAUGGAGAGCUUAGAAUCGGCGUGUUCGCAGUAUCUCGUAUAUUGAAGGGUCAGGAAAUAACAUACGAUUACAAGUACAUUCAAUUCGGGACGGAGCAGCAGUGUCACUGCGGAUCCAAAAAUUGCAAAGGGAUACUUGGCGGCUCUAGGCCAACUAAGCUACAGAAUCAGAAUGUGCAAGGAGAAAUGGUUCAGUUUUUUCCACAACAGGAAAAGAUGGAUGCUCCAGAAACGCAGAACUUUUCUAAACCAAGGGAGUUCAAGCAGAUAAUCUCCGAUGCACCAUGUAUGGAAGCUGUGUCUCCUUUCGCGCAUUCGAGGAACUCUGUCGGACACAGAGUACGAGUAUGGUGGCCUCUCGACCAAAAAUACUACAGCGGACGGAUCAUACGCUACAACGCCUCGAUUGGCAAACAUCAGAUACUUUACGAUGAUGGUGACGAGGAGGAGAUUAGCUUGCUCGAGGAGAAAUGGUCAUGGGAGAAGAAGGAAGGGGCCAUCCUAGAACAAAAACUAAGAACCUUGGAAGUUUAGAGGUAUCUAGAUCCCAAGCAACGAGAUUUUAGCCACAGGACGAUCAUCCAGUUCCAGUUCUGAAGCUAAGAAAUUCUUUUCGUCA